GUACUGGAAGUCAGAUCACAUGUUUUAGAAGGAAAAAAUGCCUGUUUUAAACUGAAACACAACUAAUGUAUUUACUAAAACUACUCAAAGCAAAACCAUGGGGUGAUAAUGACGGGUUAUGAGAACAGGUUUACCACUUGGAACUGCUGUUCCACUCUGGUGGGGGAUGCUGAUGGAGGGAAGCUAUGCAAGGGGGUGCAGGAGGGAGAUGGGAACUCUGUGCCCUCCACUGUUUUGCUGUAAAUCUAAAACUCUAAACAAAGUCUAUUAAAAAUACAUUUAUCCCCUAAUCAACAAACCAUUGUUACAUUUGAGCACCUGAUUAUUAGUGACUUUCUACCUAUGAUACUUUCUUAGGUUAAUACCCAUCUGCUGUCAACUCCAUUUUAAAAGUACCCCCUGCACCAUACAUGAAAUCAGGUGGUCUGUAGACGAAACUACCACCCUUCUCUUGGCAGUGACUCGUCACUCUCACCGAGGAUAUGACAGGCAUACCUCUAUCUUGAAAUGACUUAGAACAGCAACUUAGGAAGCUUUAUGUGAUUGUUCUUACCAAAGAGAAACUGGGAGGGGGCACCCUCAUGAGGGGUUGGCUAUGGGAUUGAAAAGUUUUGUCCGCAAUUCAUUUUUAAAAUAUUUUUCAUUUCAGAAAAUGUGAUGUUCUGAAUCGUGGAUUUUCAGGCUAUAAUACCAGAUGGGCCAAAAUUAUCCUUCCAAGAUUAAUCAGGAAAGGGAAUAUUUUGGACAACCCAGUAGCAGUUACAAUUUUCUUUGGUGCCAAUGACAGUGCACUAAAAGAUGAGAACCCCAAGCAGCACAUCCCCCUGGAAGAGUACGCGGCAAACCUGAGGAGCAUGGUGCAGUACCUGAAGUCCCUGGACAUCCCUGAGAGCAGGCUGGUGCUCAUCACGCCGCCCCCGCUCUGCGAGGCUGCUUGGGAAAAGGAGUGCCUGGCGCAAGGUUGCAAGUUAAAUCGCCUGAACUCGGUGGUUGGCGAGUAUGCCAACGCCUGCUUACACGUAGCCCAAGACUGUGGGACCGACGUGCUUGACCUGUGGGCCCUGAUGCAGAAGGAUGGUCAGGUAGAGUGGCUUGCCUGGUCCUUUUGGGAUGUCGCCAAUGCCAGAGCCACAACACACCCUGAGCAGCUUGUUGAGUCUAUAAAUGGAAACAAGGAUUAGAGCAUGUGAGUCUGAAGCCACACUUUCCAAAUAUCACUGCAGAAACCAGCUCAGAUCUAAGCAGACAACCCCCAGGGGAACCACCUACUGAAAGUAUUGAUGCUCAGCUGAUCAAUGAAGUCCCAAAAUCGCUCGAUGACAUCCUGCACUCGUUUCUCACAUUUGCCCUAUGAACAGAAAACAAAGCAUUAUCCCUAAAAGAAAUGCACUUAGAAGCAAUGUGACUUUACAAAAGUAACUAACACGUGAAAGGCUUCAUGAAGUCAAACAGCUGGGCUCUUCUCUGCGCAGGCACUAAUUUGAGUGUAGUGAGUAUAAGAAUGGAAGGUAAGCCACCACUGACACUUGACAGCCAGUCAGUUUCUGUAAGUGAAUUAAUUUAGAAUCACCCGGAGACAAAGCUCGAGAACACCAGUGUGUUAAAGAUGAGCGUUCCAGUGAGGACAAGACUGAUCGCACCCCCAUGGAACACAACCUGCGGCCUGGAGAAGCUCUUGAACACUAACUUCUGUCCUUGUUUUGCACAAAUAAAAUUAUGUCUCUAGAGAACAAA